AUGGGCCACUGUGACUGCUACGACGAUUGCUCUUCUUGCUGCGGGACCACACUCCUCUGCUGUUCAGUGCCCAGUUGUUGCGAACAGUCCUGCUGCACUCCAUGCUGCUGCAUCCCAGUCUGCUGCUCACCCUGUUGCAGCCAGUCCUGCUGUGACUCAUGCUGCGGUACCAAAUCUUGCUGCAGCCAAUCCUACUGUGACCCUUGUUCAAAAUCUUGCUGCCAACAAUCUUGCUGCAAAAAGUCAUGUUGUGUCCCUUGCUGCAAACAGUCUUACUGCUGUGGCUCCUGCUGCAAGCAGUCUUGCGGUGAUUCUUGCUGCAAAAAAUCUUGUGGUGAUUCUUGCUGCAAGCAGUCUUGCGGUGAUUCUUGCUGCAAGCAGAGUUGCAGUGAUUCUUGCUGCAAGCAGUCUUGCGGUGAUUCUUGCUGCAAGCAGUCUUGUGGUGAUUCUUGCUGCAAAAAAUCUUGCAGUGAUUCUUGCUGCAAGCAGUCUUGUGGUGACUCUUGCUGCAAGCAGUCUUGCGGCGACUCUUGCUGCAAAAAAUCUUGUGGUGAUUCUUGCUGUAAGCAGUCUUGCGGUGACUCUUGCUGCAAGCAGUCUUGCGGUGACUCUUGCUACAGUGACCCCUGCUGCUGCCAGACUCUCUGCCCACCCUGCUGCCCUCCAGUGAAGUCUUGUUGCAAGACGCAGAGCAAGGACUGCUGUGGCACAAAAUGCUAA